AUGGCGGAAGCCACGGACCUGGAUACUCUACUUCAACUUUUGCCAGCCUGUAGGCGAUGUCGAAGCCACAAAAGGCGGUGCGACACUCAGUUGCCAGCGUGUGCCAAUUGCAGCAAGGUUGGAGCGGACUGUGUCUUCUUCGACCAUGUCUCCAAAGAGUUGCUGCCACGAACAUAUAUUGCUUCAUUAGUCGACCACCUUCGAUCCCUGGAGGCGGCAAGAGAAUCAAGCACGGGACAGAUCUCGGAUUCAGCGUCCAAUGAGACGCUUGAAGCAGAGGGACAACACUUCUUUGGCGUUGGUGACGCCCUUCGAUACCUGGGCCCUCGAGCUCCUCUUGUGGCGCAGGUUGAUGCAGUCUUGCCGAAGGCGCAACCUCGCAUCAAGGAACCAUGUCUUCCACUGGAAAUUCCUUCGUCAUCGUUUGCAAGUGAGGAUACGCACCGCUUCCUCGUCGGCAAGUACUUUGAUACCUUGCAAGAACUAUAUCCCAUCUUGGAUCCGACUCUACCCUACUUGGAAGAUCCCUCAUUCUCUAGGGCUGACCUGGACCCUUCUGAAUGCUUCAAUCUCUACAUGGUCUACUCAAUAGCAUGUCACUGCCUGCCAGGCAAUGACUGUCAGCUCGUCCUCCUCUCAGACACAUUCUAUAAAGAGGCUUUGACCUAUGCCGAUCAGGUCACGGCGGAGCUAACCGUGGAAGCUCUCCAAGCGGUGGUGCUUUUGGCUUUGCGCAGUCUAUACGACGCUCAAAACGGCAGUCUUGGUCAACAGGUGGCCUUUGCACACCGGAUGGAAGUGGAAUUGAGCACUCGAGAGGUCGACGAGCACUCCUUACUCCUGGAGCGUCUGAGAUUGGCCAUAUUCUGCGUCGGCACGCAAGUUGGCACGGCUCUGGACCGCCCGUCUGGCCUGAUUGAUCCAGAGUUGACAGGGCCGAUGGGAUCCAUGAGAGAUGCCGAAAAGCUCAGCGUUCUUCAUAAGCUGCAAUCAAGGUUUCGGAAUGGACAGUCUCUUGAUGAAUCGGACAUGAUAAUUCUAGACGAAGCACACGCUACGCAGCGAUCACCUUUGCUGGCAGCCGCCUGGAGUGAAACACGGCUCAUCGUCAAUCCCAAUGCCGAGUCCGCCUCCCAAUUGCUGACUUGCUACGAUCGCGAAGAUAUGAUCUUGACAGUUUUCACAUCCCACUGGGUAUAUAAAGCCGCCACGAUCCUGUUGUCAGGCGGUCUAACUCGAAAAGCUCUUGAUGGCCACGUACUCGCCGUGACGAUCCUGGGUCGCUGUGCUUUGAAGUGGCCCAAUGCCAGAGCCAUUCAGGAAAUGCUCAAUCUCCUUUUCAAAUCGAAGACAAGUCCUGACGCCAUGGGUUAG